AUGCCGCCCGCGCCCUGGCGCAGCUUCAAGUUCUUCGACUCCCACGACGUCGUCCCGGGGCUGGCGGGGGUCGAGGUCGGCUGCGCGGACCUCGCGGCCCUCACCCUCGCCGUGGCCGACCCCCGCGGCGGCCUCCACCUCUGGGACCGCGUCGCCGGCGGCCUCAGCCCACGCCCGGGCCUCAGCCCGGCCCAACCCCAAGGCCUGGGCCUGAACCCACCCCACGGCUUUCCCAGCACAGGCCCUUACGCGGUCCCUGACACAGGCCCCCACGGCCUCACUGACACAAGCCCAGCCCCCCCCGGCUUCCCCGGGCCCCUGACGUACCUCCGCGUUGAGGCCGGGAGGGGAGUGGCCCUGGGCCUGGGCGCGGACGCCGUCCUGCGGGUGUGUUCCCUCAGCGCGGCCGGGGGCUGCCGCGAGGUCCCCCUCCCCUCACCUCCCCUCAGGGCCACGGCCCUCUGCGUCGCGGAGGACCUUCGACUGGGGGUGGUGGCGCUGGAGGGGGGGGACCUCCUCCUCCUGCGCGGGGACCUCGCCGAGGGCCGCGGGGUCGCGCGGACGCGCCUGCGCCCCGCUCUCUCCACGGCUGCGCUGCGUUGGGUGGGCCUGCCGGCUCCCGCGCGUGUGGGGAUCGCCGGGGGAGGGUCGGGCGAGCGCGUCCUCUACGCCUCCCACGAGGACCGGCUCACUGCCUGGCGGAUCGCGCCGGGGGGGUGCACCGAGUUCGCUUGUCCCGCCGUCGACUUCGGCGCCGCGGAUGGGAACGCGGCGCUGAGCGAGGGCGGGCUCCUCGCCCUCUGCGAUGGCCGAAACCACAUACUGCUGAUCGGGAGAGGGGAAGGGGAAGGAGAGGCGCCCUUCGACCCCACAAGCCCAGCCCCACCCCUCCGACGCAUCACACUCGACAACACCAUGCCGAUGCGACGGAUUCUGUGGCACCGAAACUACCUUGUCGGGCUCGCACAGGACGAGAUGCGGCUCGAGCGCUUUUACCUCCAAUGCUACGACCUUCAAAACAACCUGCGAGUUCUCAGCCGCUCGCAGGAGGUCUACCAGGACGUGUGCUUCGUCUUUUCCACUGACGCCGACAUCCUUGUGAUCGCGAAGGACCCUGAACGGGCAAACGAGAUCGCGUAUAAGCUCACGCGACUCUGUGAGAUCGAUACACAGACCAAGAUGGAGGCGCUUUUCAGCAAGGAAUGCUAUGAUAUCGCGCGGAAUAUCGCAAGCCGGCUGCCGAAUGUGGACCCAGCCCUGCAGGUCGAUGUUCAGCGGCGCUACGCUGAUUAUUUAUAUCGGAAAGGACGGUAUAGCGAAGCGAUAGAGCCAUAUAUUGAGUGUAUUGGACAUUUAGAGCCCUCGUACGUGAUCCGGCGGUAUCGGCAGCCCCCGCAGCUUCCCCUUCUCGCGCGAUAUCUGGAGGCCCUGCACUGCACCGCCCACGGCUAUCGCGUGAGUGUCACCUACACCACCCUCCUCCUCAAAGUGUACAUUCGAAUGAGAAAAGAAGACGCUAUGCUCGCGUUUUUGCAUCGCGAGGACGUCCGAUUCGACGCGAAGGAGGUCAUAGCGAUCUGCCGGGAGGCCGGAUACCAUAAAGCGGCCUUAUAUCUCUCUGAUAAGUACGCCUGCGUCGGCGAGCACGCGAGUAUUCUCCUUUAUAACCUCCAUCAACCUCGGCGGGCGUUGGAAUUUAUCGAAACCCUUGGCGUAGAAGAAGCGGAGGGGGUUUUGGCGCGCAUGGGGAAGGAUUUAUUAUCGGUUUUGCCUCUGCGCACGACGGAGCUGCUCACCCAACUGAGCGUCGACUGGAAAGGUCCUCCUCGUCGGAUUUCGUUCGCCCAAACCCCUGCGGACUCCCUCUCUUUCACUUCGCUUCCUGCGCAGCGGGCGGUGGUGGAAAGACUCCUCCACGUUUUUAUUGGCAUGCCAGCCUGCCUUCUUCACUACCUCCGUGCCCUUAUAGAGAGCGGCAAAUUGGAGGAAAAAGAUGCAAAUAGUAAUGCAAAAAAUACCAACAAUACAAAAUCACACCGCAGCCUUUACAACACCCUCUUCGAGCUCUACAUCACGGCAGAUCUAACUCAGCGAAACCCCCCCACAUCUUAUCAAAAAGGCGAAAAUGGCGAAGCGGGGGCUGAAGUUGCGAUAUUCCCCGUGGAGCCGCUUCCGCAACGGCAGGCGCAGGCGCUUUCUUUUUUAGAUAUCCUUGCCGGGCGCUAUGAGGCGGAUCUUGCGCUUUCGCUAUCCUAUCUCCACCACUUUGACGAGGGCGUUAGUUUUCUCCAACGACGAAUGGGGCUCUGGCGGGAUGCCCUUCGCUUUCACGCCGAAAGGCUCUCCUUGGGCAUGAAAGCGACGCCUUUGGAUGAACGCGAGGCCGGCCAACGACGGCUCGUCGAGGCCGCGCGAGCCGCCAUGGCCUCAGCAUCCGCCGAGGUCAGCGAAACGCUUUGGAAGGGUCUUCUUCGAUAUCUCGCGCAAAACUACGCCCCGGGGGAAAACGGCGGAGGGAAAAUUAUCGCGGAGGUUCUGGAUGAGAUUAACACCACGGAAGCCCUGGCUCCUGCCCUGGUGGUGGAGCUACUCAGCAACCCUACAACUAUUACUAAUUAUGAUAAUGUCAAUCCUAAUAAUAGUGGUACUAAGCCCCCGUUAGGGAUUAUAAGGGGGUAUCUGGAAAAAGUGCUUUUGAAGAAGGCGGAGCACUCGGCAAGGCUGCGGAGCGCGGCGAAGCUGCAGUCAGCGGAGCUCGACUCCAUCCGCCGCCGUCUUCUCGCCUUACACCGCGCCGCGGUGGUGUUUUCACCGUCGUCGUCGUCGUCUUUAUCGACCUCCGCCUCGUCGAAUUAUGUUUAUCGCUAUUCCUCCGCCGCUUUACCCUGCGCGCGUUGUGGGCAGGCGUUGGAUUUGCCCUCUUUGCGGUUUAAAUGCGGGCAUGGCGUCCAUCAGCGCUGCUGUGAGGACCCGUCCGGCGGGUGUGGGGUUUGCGCCCCUAAACCCGAACAAAAUCCCCACCAAGACGAUGCAAGGCUGGCGAACGAUCUCGCCGAUGGGCAGUUUUUUAAAACCCUGCAAUCUGCAACAUCUGGAGAGAAAAAUAGGGAAAGGGAAAAGGAGAACGGCCCUUCUGCUUUGGAUGUUUUUUCACCCCCGCCGGGGGGGUUCAGCGUGGUGGCGGAUUAUAUCCGUGCUGGGGCUCUUAACAGCUGCUCCGCGGCGCGAUCUGGAUCUUUGCUAAGGUUAGGUGUAGAUAUUAUGGAGGAAACUAAUGACGCUAUCCAAAAUAAAAGUGAGGGAAAAAAGAAAGAGGAAAAGGAAUUAUAUGAUCGAAAUGGCGAUGUGGUAAAUCCGGGCGUGGUAGAGUCAUGGUGA